AUGCUGGCUGACUGGAUUCAAAGACUGCCGAAAGAUGGUCCAGCCCAAGUCCCAGAAGGCGUAGCAGCCACACUAGCACAAUUGGAAAGGACCAUGCAGCAGCAGGUCUCCUUGGUAGAUGGGUUCUCUGGAACAAAGACGGCCUUAGAAGAAAUGGUGGAGCAGAUGAAGGAAACAGCCCGUAAAGCGGCUGCGGAAAAACCACUGGCCCCAGAAACAGGUGGCGGCGGAUCAGGCCCACCUCCCCAACCACCUCCCCAACAACCAGUCGUCCCUCCAGCUGGCUCCGAAUCCAGUGAAGGCCUCGAAGACCAAAGCCAACAAGGGAAGCAAGGAGGUCAAGAAGCACAAGGGGGAGGUAAUGGGAAUGGCAAUAAGGGAGGUAACGCCCCGGAAGCACCCGGAUCAUCCCCAUCGGAUUCCUCAGACUCGGAAGGCGAACGCCGCAAGCGGCUGGAACGAAAAAAAACGAAGACAGGACAGGAAAGGAGGCGCCAACGAGAGCAAGAACUUUCGCACCCCCCUCGCGCCACCGUAGGCGAUGCACCCAAAAAGGCCAACAUUCCCUUCUCCGGAAGAGCCGAUCAAGACGUAAGACUCUGGAUCGACCAGAUGGAGAUUCUAAUCAGUCUCCAGAAAAAGGUCCAAUGGGAUGACGGCACCAAGAUUAUGUGGGCAUCCCUCGAGUUUACCGGUAGUGCGGCGAACUUUUGGCGGAACUUUACGGAGAGGUUGGCGGUGGAUAGAAGCAUCGGAACCUGGGAACGGUUCAAACAGGAACUUCGCACCCAAUAUGGCAAUCGUACGAGUCAGGAACAGGCUAAGCAGAAGAUGGACAAGCUCCGUCAAACUGGCCCAAUCGACGACUACAUUAACGAGAUGCAGAACCUGGAAUGGGAUGCACGAGUUGGACCAGUUGUCAUGAGGUCCAUCAUCCUAACAGGAAUAAACUCCUCGCUGGAACAGAGGCUCUCUAACGCGAUUGAGGAGCCUGAAGAUUUCGUGGACUGGUUAGCCUGGGUACGAAAAGUUGGACGUAAGGACCACGAGGUGAAGGCUCGGAAGGAAAUCCUGCGAGGUAAAGACACUGUGAAACCUCGCGAGGAGAAAACGGAACGGCGGAAAUCGCGCAACAACGCAAAUCCCCGGAAAACUUUUCUCGCAUCAGCCAACAACUCCAAGACCUCGGAUGACUUAGGUGUCACCAAAGAAGAAAAGGAGAAAUGGCAGAAGGAAGGAAAGUGUUUCCGUUGUGGUAGAGAUAACCACUUCGUAAAGGAUUGCGUGGCGACGAGUAAGGUCAGGUUAACGAACCUGAAAAGAAAAGAGUAUCCUUCCGGGAGAAAGGACCACGGAAGGGAGGGUGAUAAGAAACGGAAAUUGGGGCCACAAAAUGAGGCAUUCAGGGCAAGGAUUACGAAUUUGGAGGACUAA